AAUUAUUUAACAUAGAAAGAAUGUGUACAUGUGCGCGUGUGUAUGUGUGUGUUAUUGUGUAGAAACAUGUAAUUAUCACAUCAAAAAGUUUUUUUUUGUGACUAUCACAAUAGUUAUCACACAGAAAUUGUGCAUACAAGUAUCACAUCAAACAGUUUCGUAAUUAUCACAAUACAUAGUUAUCACAUGAAUUGUACAUACAGGUAUUACAUAAAUACUUAUCACAUCUUAUUUCAUCAAUUGUUACGUGCCAAAGUGAUCGCUUGUAUGUAGAUGAUACGAUGAAAGAUGCGAUCGGCAGGGAAGGAUCAGAUCAGAUUCUCUUCUAUUUAAUAGGUAGAAUCGUAGAAGGAAGAAAGAAAAAGCACGCUAAUUGUAAGAGAACAUGUAGAACGAAGGCAAAGAUAGUUCAUCGACGUCGCAUAAAUGGAUUGGAAUUGACUUCGUUUAUCUUGAGCGGAAACCCAACGGUUGUUUCUUAUCAAACAAUGUGCUUUGUACCAAACCGCAACGCGAUUAAGCACACAUCUAUGGAAAUAUAAAGAAAUCAAAACUAAUAUAAACAUUUACUUGGCGAAAAGUAAAUAACCUGAAGCAUAACCUCUUCUGAAACUGCGAAGUUCCAAAUGUGCUUGAAUGUCAUCACGAGGAUCUCCACAGUUAUGCACUAUAUUUUAUACACGGUUCAAAAGUCACGUAAGAUAACAUGAUCGACGAUCAUUUCUGACGAUAGUACGUGACUAUUUUAAGAAAAAACGAUCAAUAAAAGACAAGGAAAAAUGCCAAGCUGCACCGGUCUGAUUCGAAUAAUCAGACGACGUUUCGUUCUUGGAAUUAUUUUUGCACUGUCAUUGACCUAUUGUAUCGUAUCGUUGCUGCAAAAUGGAAAGAAAAUACCAUUAACUCCAAUCAAUAAUAUUGACGAUACGAAUCUUAUGGCAAUUAAUGACAACGAAGAUUUGAUGCCCGAUGAAAACAUAUUAUCAUCGGGUGAGCUAGCGGUACCUGAUAAAUUACCGUGGCAGAUGGAAAUGUUGACUGGGACUAAUGACAAUAUAGAAAAUAUCAACUUAGCCAAUUUAAACGAAAACGACGAUUUCAAUCAAUCCUGUCGCAAUUCUAUUCAAGGCAAAGGUUUGAUAGUGGAUGAACGCGGUCUGGUAUGUUCGAGACAUGAAGUUCUGCCAAAUGGAUGUUGCACAAUAGAACAGACACAACAGAACAAAGAGGAUGCUGUGAUUAAGAGGGAGAGAUACAGCUGUAAAACUUGCAAUCUUCAAGGAUGUUGUACCAUUUACGAAUAUUGCGUCUCUUGUUGUUUAAAUCCCAACAAGUCUAUCCUACAAAUGCGAGGUCGAAAGGACGUGAACCUCAUAUUUCUAAAAGUGCGGAAAGACGAGGGAGAGACGCGGACUCGAAGGACAGACCGUUUUCAGAUUUGCCUGGCUGUGUGCCGUACGUCGAGCUUCAGUAUGCGAAGUGUGCACGAGAACACUUACAAAGAUCCUCUUGCGAAACACUGUUACGUCUCGCAAUCAUUGAACUCCCAUCAGCGACGUAAUAUUAACUCAUUAAAUAAUAACGGCGACCGUCGCGUCGUUGGCGUUACUUCUUCUUCUGUGAUGACGUCUCUCACCCGUCUCUCUCCCGAAUGCCAUCUCCCGUAUCGUUUGCUGAACGAAUCCCGUGUAUCCUUCUCUGACGCGGAUUGUCUUAAAGUUAUCUUAAUAUUACCCUCUUCCAAAAAACAAGUACAUAUUGAAUAUGUAGUUAGAUAGAUUGAUAAUGCUCAGAAA